AUGCUCUUUGCUAAGAAGCACAACAAGAAAGGCCUGAUGAAAACACAGGCCAACAGUGCAAAGGCAGUGAGUGCACGCACAGAGACUAUCAAGGCCCUUGUGAGGCCUCAGGCCAUCAAGCCCAAGAUGCCAAAGAGCCCCAGCUGCAAACUCAGCCAUCUGGCUUUCAUCGCUCACCCCAAGCUUGGGAAGAGGAUCCGAAACUACAUGGCCAAGUGUCAGAGGCUCUGCCAAUCGAAGGCCAAGGUUCAAACCAAGGCAGAGGCCAAGGCUCCAGCUAAGGCCCAGACUCUAGUUCCAUCCCAGGCUCCCAAAGGUGCCCAGACCCCUGUGAAGGCCCCAUAG